AUGUCAACUGAGUCAGGAUCACCGGCACAGGCCAAUAAUUCUAAACUUUACUCACCACCCAGUUUAAUGGACCGUAGUGGCCGCUUUCGUCCAGUUUUCGCUAUUUGCAUGUUUAGUAUCCAUCUGUUUUUCGCGAUCGUAAUAGUUGUGAUCGGCACGAUCGGCUCCACACUCAGCUGGCCAAACACUGAACGUGAUGAUGCAUCGUCCGUUUACUUUAUCAUCAUUUAUCUACGCAUCGCCUACUGGCUGGUAACGUACGUGAUCCACGAACGGAACAAGCGAGAAUUCGUUCGGUUAGCUGAGCCGGACUUUGAUCAUUACCGCACCCUGGCUGUCUAUCGAAAGGCUCCACUGCAGAUAGCAACACUGUGGAAUGUGAUUCUUCUCACGGUCCAGAACCAGGUGCGGUACCUUUUUCCGUACGAUCAUCAAGCGGCCAACGGUGUCGAUGGGACACCGACAGUUGGAGCACUGAAUCCAGCCAUCACCCCACAGGUGUUUGUCAUUGUUGUGUGUGCUCUGGAGCUGUUGGUUUUGUUGUGUUUUUAUGUGCCGCUUGUGAGGAUUCUUGUUGAUAUCCGAAGGUCAGAAGGUCAUGGCAAGGUGACUGACCUGCGCUAUCGUCGUAUGACGGACACGGAACUCGCCGAACAACCGAUGGAGUGGCAGCUGGAACGACAAGCUAUCCUGAUCAAACGGUACCGUACGGAACGCGAACGGUUACAGCGGGAAGCUAAACUGCUUGGCGUCGAUUACUGUUGAUCAAGCGUUGUUCGGAUGAUUCAUUGUGUUUUGUUG